GAGUUGCCCGUGAUGUCACGCUCUCUAGCAGCAGCAACAGGCGUUCGCGAGCGGACAGCGGAGAACGAGACACGAAUAUCGCAAGGAAGAAAAAAACACCUGGAACUGUAACAAGACACACUGAAACUUCACUUCCUCGUGAGCUUGUUUUGUCAUCUGAACGUUUGAUUGCUUUUGUGGUAAAUAAAACAGUCAUCGAUGUUCGUGAUCUGUCGUCCGAUGUUCGCCAACAAAAACUCUCGCGGAAGGAAAGUUUGGGAAGGCCUCUGACGUCACGCCUCUGGGGACACUUCCAUCUAAUACAGGACAGGACGGGUUUUCGUAACAUCUAACUGGAUUUUUACUUGAUUAAUACAGCAAACAGUCCUACAUUCCGAUCCGGAUUGAAAUCUCAGUGGAAAAACAUCCUCAGCACGACGCGAAAAUGAUGCCGAUGUUCCUGACUGUGUACCUCAGUAACAAUGACCAGCAUUUUACAGAGGUGCCCAUCACACCCGAGACCGUGUGUCGUGACGUGGUGGAGCUGUGUAAGGAGCCGGGCGACGCCAACUGCCACCUGGCUGAAGUGUGGAAAGGCUCAGAGCGUGCUAUUGGCGAGAGCGAGAAGAUGAUGGAUCUGCUGCUGCAUUGGGGACAGGACAGGCCUGAGGUUCGGUUCUUUCUGCGUCAUGGCAGAGCACCCAACCUACUGACAGACUCCAGGAGCUGGAAUCAGAAGAGGAACGGCGUCAAGAAGCCCACAGACAGACGGCCGGAGAAUGGAGUGAGCAACCCGUGGAUGGACAUGACUCUAGCGGAGCUGCAGGAAAUGUCUGCCAGACAGCAGCGUCAGAUUGACGCCCAGCAGCAGCUCCUGGCUUCAAAGGAGCAGCGCUUGAAUUUCCUGAAGCAGCAGGAGCAAAGGCAUGUGCAGACAUCUUCAGAGCAGAAGAAACUCCAGCAUCUGAGAGAGACGGUGGAGAAACAGGAGGCGCAGCUGAAGAUGGUGCGGGCUCUGAAGGGACAGGUGGAGCAGAAGCGCCUCAGCAACGGGAAACUCGUUGAGCAGGUGGAACAGAUGAACAAUCUAUUCCUUCAGAAGCAGAAGGAGUUGGUAGUUGCCGUGUCUAAAGUGGAAGAACUGAGCAAACAGCUGGAGACCCUGAAAAACGGCCAGCUGGAUGCGCUUCACAGUAACCACAGCUCUGUGGCUGAGCUGGACAGACUCUACAGGGAGCUACAGAUGAGGAAAAACAUGAACCUGGAGCAGACCGCCAAACUACAGCAGCAGAGGGAGAACCUGAACAAGAGGAACCAGGAAGUGGCCAGCAUGGACAAACGAGUCAGUGAGCUGCGCGAUCGCUUGUGGAAGAAGAAAGCUGCACUACAGCAGAAAGAGAACCUUCCCGUGAGCUUGCCUUCAGAUGGCCAGGCAGCGCAGCAGACAGGACCGUCCCGUGUGGCUGCUGUCGGCCCUUAUAUCCAGUCUUCUACGAUGCCCAGGGGUCCCAUUAAACAGGAUCUGCUUAAUAAACACGCUUACCCAGACGGCACAGCGACCAUACCGCAUCAGGACAAGACCACUCACCUGGACUCAGCCAAGGUGUCGUCAAAGAUGUCUAACUGGAGUGCGUCCGCUGCAAAGACGGCCGGUAAUCAUGGGUCAUCCAGUCUGCCCCGCAUGGUGACCCAAGCAUCCAAAAACCAAGAUAACACAGAUGUGCUGAAGCGGGACCCCAGAGUGCGCCCGGCCUCCAUGUUUGAGUCCAUUGACCCACCGGCGGCUUCUUUACGGAAGAACCAGAGCAGCGAGGACCUUGCGAGAGACGCCCAGAGCCCUGUCAAAAACCCCGUCAAGGUUCCUCCUCCAGUUCCGACGAAACCGAAACAGCCCAACCUUCCCUCCGGUGCCCAGAUGGGAUACGGCAAGAUGGCCAUAAGUGCCGGGACCUUCCCUGGGAAGAGUAAAUCUUCCGCUCAGCAGCCACCCACUGGCUCCCAGUCUGGUAAUACUUUACCCCUUCCCUCCAAACUGGAGACUCCCCCGGCCGCCACCGUACACCCCUUCAGCCCUGACCCUCCUGGAGCCAAAGACUCCGGUGGGCAGGUCCUUCACAAGCCCCAGAUGCUGACCACCAGCUCCAUCUACUCCAUGUACACGCAGCCGCAGGGCAUGCAGGGAGCGCUGAGCCGGUCCCAGAAUCGCGGCAGCAACUUUGUCAGCGUUUAUGGGAAGCCAGUGACCCCCGCAGGCCAGCAGUCUCAAAACCAGCACCCUGAGAACCCGUACCUGGACUCGCCCAGCGGCCCGGAAACAGAGAGGGACCACAGCGCUGGAGGCCCUGCUACAGAAAACCACGAGAGCGAGCGGAUCCCCAGACCUCUCAGUCCCACCAAACUGCUGCCCUUCAUCUCCAACCCCUACCGGCACCAGAGCGACGUCGACUUGGAGGCCCUCAGGAAGAAACUGUACAACGCGCCAAGACCCCUGAAGAAACGCAGCUCCAUCACGGAGCCCGAGGGCCCGGGUGGCCCCAACAUUCAGAAGCUCUUGUACCAGAAGACGACUCUGGCCGCUAUGGAGACCGCGGUGAGUCCUCCUGGAGAAGAAGAGAAGGAAACGCCCACAGAUCCUCAGAGAGCUGAUGAAGCUCCACUUGAGGAAGCAAAUCAGCCUGUUCCUGAGCCAGCGGUGUCCACAGCCGCCCCAGAGACUGAACGAGAGGACGUCCCUCCUCCACCACCUCCUCACCCGCCCCCACAGCCCGACGCUUCGUUCUUACCUCCACCGCCCCAGCCGGACAGCCCUCCUCCUCCACCCCCAACCGACAGCUUCUUGGAGGACUUUCCUCCAUAUCCUCCUCCUCCUUAUCCCAGCGGCGCUGAGCAGGAGACUCCGGACGACACGUUCAGCAUGAAACCACCAGAGGUCACCGGCCAGGUUCCCUUUCCACCGGGUAAGAGGACCAACCUGCGUAAGGCCGGAUCCGAGCGCAUCGAUCACAGCAUGAGAGUGCGCUUCAAUCCUCUGGCUCUGUUACUGGACUCCUCGCUGGAGGGAGAGUUUGAUCUGGUGCAGAGGGUCAUUUACGAGGUUGAGGAUCCCAGUCAGCCUAAUGAUGAGGGAAUCACUGCUCUCCAUAACGCAGUGUGUGCCGGCCACACCGAGAUCGUUAAAUUCCUGGUGCAGUUCGGAGUCAAUGUGAACGCCGCUGACAGUGACGGAUGGACGCCCCUGCACUGCGCCGCGUCCUGUAAUAACGUGCAGGUGUGUAAGUUCCUGGUGGAGUCUGGGGCGGCCGUGUUUGCCAUGACCUACAGCGACAUGCAGACGGCGGCGGAUAAGUGUGAGGAGCUGGAGGAGGGAUACACUCAGUGCUCUCAGUUCCUCUACGGCGUGCAGGAGAAGAUGGGCAUCAUGAACCGAGGGGUGGUGUACGGCCUGUGGGACUACGAGAGCGAGGAGGACGAUGAGCUGGCCUUCAGAGAGGGCGACUGCAUGACGGUGGUGCACAGGGAGGAUGAGGAAGAGACCGAGUGGUGGUGGGUGCGCACGACCAGCCAAGAGGGAUACGCCCCCCGAAACCUGCUGGGGCUGUAUCCAAGAAUCAAACCUCGUCAGCGGAGUCUGGCUUAAGUCCGUCGGUGAGGAGAACAAAGACUGACAGUCCAUGCUAAUACAACAAUCAACACCACUAGUUAACUUCCUCAUGAUGGUUGUAGGACCAUCUGCUUGUUUGUCCAUGUGUAUUGUUGUUGUUUUUGAUGUUACUGUUGAUAUGUUACAGUGAUGGUCACUUUUUUGUCUUUUUUUUAUUAUUAUUUUCCACAAAACAACUGAAUAGAAAUUAGGUGUUUAGAAUGUACUUUAAAUUUGUAUAUCAAGAUUUUUUUCACAGGAGAAAAAUAACAACGGUGUCCUGUGUUUUGCAUAUGGUGUUCAUUCAGUGCUUUAUUGAAAGGGAAGUGAAAGGAAAUGCAUUGUGUUGGAGAUCUGAACCUUAGGCAAUAAUUUUUCUCAUGCACAAUGUUAAGCAAAA